CUAAGUAAUUUAGAGCGGCGUGCCAGGCGGGAAUGUAAGAUGGCGGAGUAGCAACGCGAAGCGCUUGGUACAAGUGUCUGGGUCGACCGCUCCUUCGGUUCCCGUCUCCACAGCAGCAGUAGUCGCCUAGCGAAGAGCCUAGGGUAGUUGCCCAAGAUGCCGAAUAUCAAAAUCUUCAGCGGCAGCUCCCACCAGGAUUUAUCCCAGAAGAUCGCUGAUCGCUUAGGCCUGGAGCUGGGCAAGGUGGUGACUAAGAAAUUUAGCAACCAGGAGACGUGUGUGGAAAUUGGUGAAAGUGUGCGUGGGGAAGAUGUUUACAUUGUCCAGAGCGGUUGUGGUGAAAUCAACGACAAUCUAAUGGAGCUUUUGAUCAUGAUUAAUGCCUGCAAGAUUGCCUCAGCCAGCAGGGUCACCGCAGUCAUCCCGUGCUUCCCAUAUGCCCGGCAGGAUAAGAAGGAUAAGAGUCGAGCUCCAAUCUCAGCCAAACUCGUUGCAAAUAUGCUGUCUGUAGCAGGUGCAGACCAUAUCAUCACCAUGGAUCUACAUGCUUCUCAAAUUCAGGGCUUUUUUGAUAUCCCAGUGGACAAUUUGUAUGCAGAGCCAGCUGUCCUGAAGUGGAUUAGGGAGAAUAUCUCUGAGUGGAGGAACUGCACAAUUGUCUCACCUGAUGCUGGUGGGGCCAAGAGAGUUACCUCCAUCGCAGACCGGUUGAAUGUAGACUUCGCCUUGAUUCACAAAGAACGAAAGAAGGCCAAUGAAGUGGACCGCAUGGUGCUAGUGGGAGAUGUGAAGGACAGAGUGGCUAUUCUUGUGGACGACAUGGCUGACACUUGCGGCACAAUCUGCCAUGCAGCUGACAAACUUCUUUCAGCUGGUGCUACCAGAGUUUAUGCUAUCUUGACUCAUGGAAUCUUUUCUGGCCCAGCCAUUUCUCGCAUCAACAAUGCAUGCUUCGAAGCAGUAGUAGUCACCAAUACCAUACCUCAGGAGGACAAGAUGAAGCAUUGCUCUAAAAUACAGGUGAUUGACAUCUCCAUGAUCCUCGCAGAGGCCAUCAGGAGAACUCACAAUGGGGAAUCUGUUUCCUACCUGUUCAGUCACGUCCCUUUAUAAUAGAGUAACUUCUGAGCUUUUCAAACAUAAAAUCAAUCCACCCGUUGUCUUCCCUUGGUAUUCGAUGACAAAUUUGGAAGUACCAGCUUGCUCCAGUAUACCUUUCCACAUCCCACAUCAGACAUAUUAAAGCUUAUCCUAAAUUGAGAAAAGAUAGAUUGAGACUGACUGCUGGGAUUUCUUGCCUGCUUUGUCUCAUUCUACCUUCCUUGAUUUUUGUGUCUACAGCUCAGCUGCUGCAAAAUUUUAAAUGUAUGAUGUUGUUUAAGGCUGUUUGAAUGUGAUUAUGGAAGCUCAGACUCCUUUGCAUGUGAAUACUUCAGGGUUCUUUGUUCAGAACACCUAGGAACAGAGCCCGCCCUUGUGUGACAAGUUCUCUAAGUUCUGUCCUAAAGUACAGAAACCCUUGGGCAGUCCCAAACCUAGUCCCAGUAGUGCAGGUUCCUGUAAGGCAUGAGUAGGCAGCUCAGCUCGAGCAGCUCUUGGACGGGAUUGUGAAGGUGGGGAAGGGAAUAGAUAAUACCUCCAGCAAAUGUUUCUUGGGAGGAAGAAGCCUGACCCAUCAUCAUCUGUUUGUCUGUAUAGCUUGGAUUCCCCUACCUAUUCCAACAGCCACUUUGACCUUCUAGCCAAAUAGCCCCUUGGGCCCAAAUGACUCGCUUCCUACUUUGUCAUCGUUAACAUUCACAUUAGAUAAUUUGCUGUAGCUCAGUCUUCCUUAGCCUGCUACCACCACAGUAGUUGGUUUUAGCUGGCAUUAUAUACUGCCUUUCGAUUAAUUUAAAUAUUUAAUUUUCAUCUUCCAUCCUCGGAUCAAUUUGGCCUUUCAUGACCUGAGAGUUCUGUUAAAAAAGAUUGAUGUUAUUGUCUCUUGUAGAGGAAACUAAUAAAGUAUGUUUGCGUGACUUUGGUUCUAUGACAUAUAUCCACUGAUUUCUCUGCUGAAUGUUUAGUUUCGAUGUCUUGCUGUCCAGUUAUGGCUCAUAUUUCUUGGUUUCUAAAUUAUUUUAUUUACCUUGGUAGUCAAGAGAAAAUAAGAUGCUUCAGCAUCCCAAGAGCUGGGAUUACAGGUGGGCGCCACUACACCUGGCCACCUGCUGAAUCUCUGAUUCUUCUGGUGGCCAAAAUUAGGUAUUUGCUUAGAGGAGGAAAGUUGUUUCCAUAAUUUAUUUAUUUUGAACCAAUUUUGCCAGGUAUAAUUUCUCUUUUCCAGUAGCUGACAUGACUGGCAUUUAAUUUCAGCCCUUCUAAAUAAAAUCUAUUUCGAAGCCCAGCAUGGUGGCACAUGCCUAUAAUCCAAGCACUCUGGGAAGUUGGGGCAGUGAACUAAGAAACAUGUGCCUCUGGCCUUCUGGGCCAUUUUCAUCUAAGAUCUGUUGUGGGCUGGGAGUGUAAGUUAUCGAAAGCAUUUGUCUGGCACGCACCAGCCCCUGAGUUAGGACCCUAGCACUCUAAAAAAUAAUUCAAACCUUUGUUGUUCUGGAAAAAGUCCACAUGAGGAUAAGGUCCCUUUGCUUGCUGGUUAUACUAUUUCCUGAAGUGGGAUCAGUUGGUUCGGCUUCUUCCUUUCAGAAUACAGUAAGUAGUUCCCCCUUUAUCACAGGGGUGUACCAUCUCAGCCCCCCUCCCCCCGGUGGAUGCCUAAAACCAUGGAUAGUACUGGGCCCUAUAUACAGUAUUUUUUCCUUAUACAUACGUACCUGUGAUAAAGUUUGCUUUAUAAGUUAGGCACUGUAAGAUUAAUAACAGCAAUCAAAUAGGACAAUUAUAAAUAAUAAAAUUACCAACAGUAUUACUUUUGUGCCUUGGGGCCAUUACCAGGUAAAAUAAGGGUUACUUGAAUAUGAGCACUGUGGGAUAGAAAUAGUUGAUCUGAUAACCAAGAGUAACUAAGGGGCUGGUAGCAUAUACAAUGUGGAUAUUUUAGAUGAAGAGGUGAUUCAUGUCCUGGGCAAGACAGUGGGAAAGCAUGAGAUUUCAUGUUACUCAGAACAGCAUGCAAUAAAUUGUGAAUUGUUUUAUUUCUGGAAUCUUCUGUUUAAUAUUUCUGGCCUGUGGCCAUAGUUGAAACUAUGGAAAGUGAAACUGCAUAAGGGGCAACUACAGUACUUUGACCUAAGACCUCUACUGUGGUCCCCUUUGAGGAUAUUUGUUUGGGUUUCUUUUGAGGCAGGGUCUCACUAUGUAGUUGAGACUGACCUGGAACUCACUAUGUAGCCCAGGC